GGCGGCUACGGGUGCCGAGGAAACGAGCGAUGUGGGCGCUAGCCGCGCGGGCUGUGCAGCUAGGUCUUCAGGCCCGGAUAGGCGGGCUUCAGGGCUUCGCUUCCGCGGCGACUCAGCGCCCUUCGGGAAGUGGCCGCGUCUCGUCCGAGCUGAUCGAGCACCUGGAGCGUCUGGCGCUCGUGGACUUCGGCAGCCAGGAGGCCGUGGCGCGGCUGGAGAAAGCCAUCGCCUUUGCCGACCGGCUCGGCGCCGUGGACACAGAUGGGGUGGAGCCCAUGGAGUCAGUGCUGGAGGACAGAUGCCUGUACCUGAGAUCUGACAAUGUGGUAGAAGGCAACUGUGCAGAAGAACUACUACAAAACUCCCAUCGAGUUGUGGAGGAAUAUUUUGUGGCCCCUCCAGGUAAUAUCUCUUUGCCAAGGGUGGAUGAACAAGAGCCCUCCUUGCAUGGCUCAGCACCUCUCCCAGAGAAGGGUGCCCUGUGAAUGCGUGGAAGUGUUACAUCAGUAGUCACUGUGAACAAUAAUUUUCCUGCUUCCUUCAGUCACCUAAAAAAAACCUGAUGGUUAGUGUUUUCUAGAAACUAAAUCUUCUAAAGACAAAAUUGGGUAAGGUCUAGCCAAAACAAGGCAAUAAAAGUUCCUGAGUGCUAAUGGAAGUAAAAGACAUUGUUAGUUUUUAAGGAUGCAUCAGAUACUUACAGGCUGCUUGGGAUGAUAAGACAUUUGCCCUUUAUUUCCUUCCAGAAAGACUCAAACUGCAUGUAAGUGAAGUUUUAGUAGCUAUUCUGCCAACCUGAGCAGUCUUUUAUCUUUAAGAAACACUUGAAUUUGUUCCUAAGUGCUGUUAUUCCCAGAAGAUGGGGUUACUUUUCUGCUCAGGUCUGGGGAACUUGGGAAUUCCUAACCCAGAACCAUUUGCAAUGCACAAAAUGACAUACUAGCUGGGUUCUAGUUUAUUUCUGAAAAGAAAUCACAAAAAAAAAAAAAAAAAGCCUUUGGAAAGCUAACAGUAUUGUAUCAGUUAAUUAGUAUUUCCUAAAAGAGCAGAGACUAUGUUAAAUGUUUUUACCAUGUGGAUAAAAUAAAGGGAGAUGGGAGGAAACCUUGGAAGGUGAUAUACAGUGGAUGUGUUUAUGGUCUUAAUGGUAGUGAUUUCACAGACGUGUACAUACUUCACCCUACACUCACCAAGUUGUACACAUUAAAGAAGUACAGCAUUUUAUCUGGUGAGAGCAGCAUCCCUUUCCCCACAGUGAUUACUGAAUUGAGCAGAAUCCAACAUAGUGAAGUUGGGGCCUUCGGUGGCUUAGGGGUUAAGUGUCAGAGCUAUCACUGCUGCAGACAUGGAGCUGAGCCACAUGUGAUGCAGAUCUCUCCUGUCUCACUCACUGCCCCCUCAGCAAUGUAUUUCAGUAGGUCUAC